AGCAAUAUCUAGAUAGAUUCGGUGACGCAAGAAGACUAGGGGAGGAUAGGGAUGGGAUGUCGAUGAUGAUGGCGAGAUUGUCCUUUGGGUUGGCCCCCGAAGGAGAUUAGUCAAACCGUGGACUUCUCCCCUCCCUUCCCUCGAACCAUAUCUCGGGUUGCCCUGCCCGAGUCCAUGUGGGAUGUCCCUCGGGUGAGACGUUGGGUGAGGUUUGGGGAGGAAAUCCGGAGCGGGGACCUCCGAGGGUGGUCUGUGGAGUCGGAAUCGACGGUGGAUUUGGUGUCAUUCCCUCUGGUCUCGGUUCUCCCGCUUCCUCGGAUUCUCGGUGGAUCUUGGGAGAUUUCCUUCCCCUUUUGUUCUCCCUCCCCUUAUCCUUGCCUUUUCGUUCUGGUGAGUUUGGGGAUUAUAUAAGCCGUGGGAGAGCCAAGAAGAAGACCACCUCCGAGUCUUCUCUGUUCUGUGUUCUGCAGCUAUUCCGGAUAGAGAGUGGGUUAGAGGGUGGGAUAAUUAUGUCAUCGUCGAGAGGGGAUUUGGGUGCAGGCGGAGAAGCGGAGCGCGAGCUCCAUGUUCUGGCGGUCGACGAUAGCUCCGUCGACCGGGCGGUGAUCGCCAAGCUUCUUCGCAGCUCUAAACAUAGAGUGACGACCGUGGACAGUGGCAAAAGAGCAUUGGAGCUCUUGGGCUUGGAGCCCAAUGUUAAUAUGAUAAUUACGGACUACUGGAUGCCCGAGAUGACUGGGUAUGAGCUCCUCAAGAAGGUCAAGGAAUCGUCGACGCUGAAGGAAAUCCCUGUGGUUAUCAUGUCAUCCGAGAACGUAGCCAAUAGGAUCAACAGGUGUUUGGAAGAGGGAGCAGAGGAUUUUUUGCUCAAGCCUGUCCGGCCGUCGGAUGUGUCUCGUCUGUGCAGUCGCAUGAUGAGAUGAUGAUCAACGGGCCUCGCCUUUGAUGCAUGGAUGAUGGAUGGAUGGAUAGGUCGAUAGAUCGCCGAGUUCCCUUUUCUUUUUUUUUUUAUCCUUAUACAUAUAUUGGUCUUCUGAACCGGAACUUUUUUUUUCCUCUGUUGGAGAAUAAUAAUAUAGUAUAGAAAAGUUUUGUGUUCUUUAUUUUUUUUUUCAGUUUUGAGAAUUUUGUGGGUUGCUUAUCUUUGGGAAUGCGCGCUCAAGGAAUGGAAUAGCAGCUUCGGAUUGU